UAGCGGCACGCUAUCCUCGUGCUCGUGCACCAGAACCAACCAGAAGGACGAAGUUCAGCAGAGGAUGCUCGGUCUAUAAAACAGUGCCCUGUUUCCCUCACCGUUCCAGCACAGCGAAGUUGAAAGUACUUACGAAAGGGUUAUAGCAUCAUAUUUCAUCGGCGAUUGCAUAUUUUUUCUCCCCAACACAAAAAAUGAUAACGGCGGGAUGUCUUGCGUUGAUGGCUGUGGUGAGUUACGUAUCGCCAGUGCCCGUGUCCAAAGGGGAGCAUGAAGACAUUCAGGUAAUGAAGUGCAUUGUGGAGGUGAUUGCAGACACACUCUCCAAGCCACGCCCCUUACCUGUCAGUCAGCAGUGCCUGGACACCCUGAGGACAGAUGAGCGACUGGUCUCGAUCCUGCGCCACCGCAACUUCCUGAAGGAGCUGCAGGAUAUCGCCGUGGAAGGAGCCAGUGAGAGGGCGCCACAUCCCGACAGCCCUGCGAGCGCGCCAGGACAGGGGACCAUCAAACUUCCCCAGACUACACCUGGCGAUCUGGAGGCCAACCCAGAUCGAUCGAUGCUACUGGCUGGCAUGAAGCCUGGAGAGAAGAGAGAGGCUGAGGAGGAAGAGGAGGAGGAGGAGGAAGAGGGAGAAGAGGAGAAGGAGGAGGAGGCAGCGGCGGAGAGGGCGGCAGAGAAGAUGGAGAGGGAGAAGCAGGUCGAAGGCAAGGAGCAGGAGAGGAGCGAAGAAGAAGAAGAGGAGGAGGAGGAGGAGGAUGCCGUCGAGAACCAGGAGGAGGAGAGGAGUGAGGAGGAGCAGGAUGGAGGAGAGAAGAACCCCAUCAACCACAUCUCUGACACUAUGAGCUCACAGAUAGAGAGCCAGGAGAAACAGAAAGAACAGGAGCAGGAGCAGAGAGAGGCAGAGCAGGAGAAGAAACGCUCAAGUUCGGAGGAAGAGGAGGGGGAUGAAGAGGCCUUGACCAAGUAUGGAAAAGUCAACGACGGUCCAGCGGGUCCAGCGGACACCUUAGAUGCCUCCAUGUCCCCCGCUGAGGAGGAGAAGAGGGCCGCGGAGGAGGAGGAGAAGACAAUGACAGACAGCGCAGACGCAACCAAGAAGAAGAAGAAAAACACUACCGAGUCAGAGGAAGAGGAGGAGGACGAGGAGGAUGAGAAGAAGAGGGGAGUUGGUGUGAAGAGAUGGAACGGCCUGCUCCGGGACGCACCCCUCACCCAGCAGGCUCAGAGGAGAGCCAUGGAGCGUGCCAUGGAGGAGGAGCAGGAGGCCGUGGAGGAGGAGGAGGAGGCACCGUUGGAGGAGGAGAAGGAAGAGGAGGAGAGGAGAUCUGGCGAGGAGCUCCAGGAGAUGCCACACCACUCCAAGGAGGCGUACCCAGAGGAGGAGGCCCCCGCUGGGCUCCAGCGCUCCUCCUCCAGCCCUGAGGAGAGGGAGCUCCGCCUGAUGGCCCGGCGAGAGCCCUCCGGCGAACGCAGAGACGAAGAGGGCAGCGCCAGCAGGAAGCCCGAGGACUCUGAGAUGCCUGAGAGUCUGGCUGCCAUUGAGUCGGAGCUGGAGAACGUGGCUCAGAAGCUGCAUGAUCUGCGACGUGGCUGAGAGAACCCCCCCCCCCCCCAAACCCCCUCUCUCUGGGCUGCUCUUCCUUCGCUGCCUUCCUCUUCCUCCUCUCUUACCGUACACUUAGCUGCCCUGCCUUCGGUUGGUUAGACGGACGCAAGUGCGUUCAGAGGUGUUGAAGGCAACAAAAGGCCCUCUGUAAGGUCCUACUGUAUGGCCCUCCUCUCCUCCUUCUCCCCUGUGGUCCAGCUACGGUACACAUGAUCUGAUCUGGGCAUCAUCCAUACAGUACCCACCUGUUGGUCAGAGUGACCGCAACGCCACCUCCUCCCUCAUUUUCAUGUCCUUCCUUCCUCCUCCCUUGUUUUGUUUCCUUCAAAAGAUGAGUCCUCCUGGGAAAGCUACCCCACAGCCAGCUUGUCUAAAAGUAAGGAAACUAAUGCCUCUUUUCCACUGCCGGUUUUCCGAUAGGCCUCCAGCUCCACACAGCGCGACUCGGCCGCCACUUUCUGCUUUUUGAAUAGUUACGACACAGCUCAAUUGUAAAGCAAAGAGUGGCAACAGAGUUGAGCUUUGUCGAGCUGUAGGCCUACCAGAAAACCGGCAGUGGAAAAGAGGCAUAAGAGACUUUCAUAUCGUUCAUGCUGCUUCUUCUUUGGCCUGCUCUACACUCGCUAACACCUCUCUUGCUUUUCAAACGCUCGACAAAGACGCUCUCUCUCUCUCUCUCUCUCUCUCUCUCUCGCUGACACGCUCGCUUUGACAAGAAGAAAAAGCAUCUGAGCAUUUGCGUGACAUCUCUGUGACAACAUUAUAUAAAUAAAACACUUGUCUGUAUUAUUGUUGUAAUAAAAAUCCAGAGCCUAUCUACUUGGGGAUAGUGCGAGCUUGUGUAUUAUGCAAAUAUUAUCAGGAUAAAAACAUCUUUAACAUCAUAUAUGGCUAUUUAUAAAGAAAUCAUGUUUGUUGGGGUCCUCAUAGAUGCAAUAAAAUAAAUAAAAUGUCUUUUUUUCAUAGACUUAAAAACAAACACUUGUAUUUAAAAGAAAUCUGUAUGGGAAUUUAGUUAAGAAAACCAAAAAAUAAAAAAUUCUAAAGAAUUAAAAAUACAAAACAAAUGUGUGUUGGUGUAAUUUGUCAUCAAGUUUCU